AUGGACGCGCCGCUGCCGCCGCGCGAGUCGGCGAGGCUCGUGGCGGAGAAGAGCCGCGACGUGCGCGUGGCCCCCGAGGGCGUGCGCCGGGCGGCCGAGCUGCUGCUGCCCGCCGCCUCGGCCUGGCGCGUGCAGCACUGGCGGGCCCUGCACGAGCUCAACCCGCGCGGGGCCGACGAGGCCGCGCUCGCCUGGGUCUUCGUGGUGGACUCGCUCAACUUCUCCUUCUGGGCCGAGCAGGAGGAGCGCGGGUGUGAGGUGCGCUACGGCGGCACCGCCUACACCGGCUACUGGGCCCUGUGCGCGGCCGUCAACCGCGCGCUCGACCGAGGGAUACCAGUAACCAGCGCCUCCUACUACGCCACGGUAACUCUUGAUGAAGUUCAGGAUAUAUUUCGUUCAGACACGGCCGUGCCCAUGCCUUUAAUAGAAGAGAGGCAUCGCAUUCUCAACGAAACUGGGAAAAUUCUGCUGGAGAAGUUUGGAGGCUCCUUUCUUAAUUGUGUCCAAAAGAGCAAAAAAAGCGCACAGAAGCUAAUGCACCUGGUUGUUGAAAAUUUUCCUUCUUACAGAGACGAGACAGAAUUUGAGGGCAAAAGGAUAUCUUUUUACAAACGGGCCCAGAUCCUUGUGGCGGACACGUGGAGUGUGUUGGAAGGGAGGGGUGACGGCUGCUUUGAGGACAUUUCCAGCAUCACCAUGUUUGCUGACUACAGACUGCCUCAGAUCCUCGUGCACCUUGGCGCCCUGAAAUACUCGGAUGCACUGCUAAAGAGGCUCCUCAGAGGAGAAAUGCUCUCAAAUGGAGAGAAACACGAGGUGGAAAUUCGAGGCUGCUCGAUUUGGUGUGUGGAGUUGAUCCGGGACUGUCUUCUGGAGCUUCUGGAAAAAAGGGGCGAGAAACCUCAGGGUGAGAUCAACUCCAUCCUUGUGGAUUAUUACCUGUGGGACUACGCCCGUGACCACAGGGACGACUUGAGAGGGGUCCCAUUCCAUCGCACACGCUGCAUUUAUUACUGACCCUGAAUGUAAAUGGAUCCCCUGGAAAUAAUUGCACUUUUAGAUCAUACGGUCAUUUGCACAAUUUUGAUUUGAUAUAAAGAUUGAAAUGAUAAGCACA